CAUUAAUGCAUUGGUAUAAAGGCAGCAGCACUCUUCAGCUUUGUCAUUCCUUAUAGAAAAAGGAAAACCUGAACCAGCUUUUGCCUCCUGAUCAUUGCUUUCUUUGACUAAUUUAGCUCUCAAUCUCCUGCAAAGAUAAGUAUGGGUACUGAAAUGGUAAUGGUUGAUGAAAUCCCUUUCCCCCCACAAAUCACAACUACCAAGCCAUUGUCCCUUCUAGGUUAUGGAAUUACUGACAUUGAGAUUCACUUUCUCCAAAUCAAGUUCACAGCAAUUGGAGUUUACCUUGAACCUGAAGUUGCAGGACACUUACAACAAUGGAAGGGAAAACCUGGAAACGUGCUAGCAGAAGAUGAUGACUUCUUCGAGGCUCUUAUUAAUGCUCCAGUGGAGAAAUUUCUGAGAGUUGUGGUGAUUAAGGAGAUCAAAGGUUCCCAAUAUGGGGUGCAGCUGGAGAGUGCUGUGAGGGACAGAUUGGCAGCGGAUGAUAAGUACGAGGAGGAAGAGGAAGAAGCCUUGGAGAAACUUGUCGAAUUCUUCCAGUCUAAGUAUUUCAAGAAGAAUUCGAUCAUCACAUACCAUUUUCCUGCAAAUUCAUGCACUGCUGAGAUUGCAUUUACUACCGAGGGGAAGGAGGAAGCGAAAAUCAAAGUGGAGAAUGCCAAUGUGGUUGAGAUGAUCAAGAAAUGGUACUUGGGAGGAACAAGGGGAGUGUCCGCUACUACCAUAACCUCCUUAGCUAAUGCCCUCUCUGCCCAGUUAUGCAAAUGAGCCUAUUUUGUCUAAUUAUAAGUUCACAACCUUCCCUGGAAGGUUGCUUUAGAAUGAUCCUGUUUGUUGUGCUUCUUUGUACCAAUAAAAUUAUGAUGUGAAAGUUGGAGUUUUGCCAAUUUUAGAACUCAAUUUCCUUUGACUGCAUGACUGAAACAAAGAAAAAAAGAGUGUAAAAGAAUUUGAUUUCAUCUUUUAUCUGAUAAGCUUGAUUGCCUAAA